UUAACAUUGUGUGUUUACCGUUCUCUGUCAGCUGUAACUUAACGCAACGCAAUAUGACUGAACGCAUCGACGCCGAGUUUGUGCUCGUCUAUUUCGAAGAGGAGAACAAGUACGAUGUUGUCGGCGACGUCUACAUAGAAGAGCUGUGCGAUUCGGCAGCGCCCUUAGCCGUAGGAGCCAUAGUCCACGUGCUGUGGCAGGACAGGGGCGCCUUCCCUGCUGUAGUAAUGGGCCUUUCCGCUGACAAGGACAAGCUCCUGAGGAAAAUGGAGAGAUUAAUAAAAAGAAAAAACAAGGCUCUUGUCGGUGCAGCUCAUGGAAAGACGGGCAACACAUCUGCAUUGCAGAAGAAAAGAGAUGAGGAACUGCUUUCGGAAAUCGGCGACGAGGCUGAGCUUCGGAAAGAAAAUCUCCGUCUAAACCAAGUUAUCGACCACCUCAAGGAAAAUUGA